CGGUUCAGCAAUGGCUUGAACCGAAGCUACAUCAGUCCCUACGAUGUCGUUUGGCCCGAAGCAAAUAAAACAUCAGAUCACCAGCAAACCCAACAAAAUCGGAGGUACCAAUUUCUCGCCGCCGUGAGAGAUGGAAGCGGCUUGCUCUCCCUUCAAGAUAAUCUUGGGCUCUUCUUCGAUAGCCCGGAGGAAAAUAUUGGCUGAAAUGGGGUAUGAAUUCACCAUCAUGACUGCAGAUAUUGAUGAGAAAUCAAUCCGGAAGGAUAAGCCGGAGGAGUUGGUGAUGGCUCUGGCCGAGGCUAAGGCCAAUGCUAUCACAUCCAAAGUACAACAGAUAAAUAGCCAAGAGAAGGAUUCUGAACCAAUAAUUUUGAUUGCAGCAGACACAGCAGAGGCCAUCUCUCAGAAGAUACCUCUUGGUGACUACAUUAAGGAUGCUGAUCCCACAUUACUUAUAACUUCAGAUCAAGUGGUUGUCUAUGGAGAUGCUGUUAGGGAAAAACCAUCCAGUAAGGAAGAAGCACGAGAAUUUUUGAAAGGAUAUUCUGGUGGACAUGCUGCAACUGUUGGAUCUGUUCUUGUUUUGAAUCUCAAAACUGGAAGUAGAAAAGGAGAAUGGGAUCGUGUGGAGAUCUUCUUUCAUGAAAUACCAGAUGAGAUCAUUGAGAAAAUGGUAGAGGAAGGAAUUGUGCUUAAUGUUGCUGGGGGACUAAUUAUUGAACAUCCAUUGAUAUUGCCUUACGUGAAGCAAGUGGUAGGAACAACUGAUAGCGUCAUGGGACUCCCCAAAGCUCUCACCGAGAAACUCAUUAAGGAAGUGUUGUGAAUCCGAUCACAACACUUUCUAUUGACCUUCCUUAUAUUGAUGUUUCCUUAAAGAUGCUACUGUUGGUCUCUUAUGAGAAUGGUUGUCAGCUCAAUUACCUAAAAGGCUAAAACUACAUUGCACCAACUCCAACUUUAAACUUGGUGGUUUGCUUUCCUUGCUUUUUGGUUUCUCUUAUGUUGGAAGACACUGUUACCUCGCCACAUUCUUCAGUUAUAUGUAGAAUAUGAUAUUGAGACACAUCCUAAUCAUUUUCUAGCUCUA